AUGUCAUCUGAUCCAAAAAUGGGUCCAUCAAAUUCUAAUUCUGAUCCAACAAGAUUAGAAGAAUCAAGACAAUCAAGCGUGACGAGCAUUUCUACUCCGAGAAAUAGGUCAACUAGCGUAUCAAGAAGAAAAUCAAGACCAACUUUAAGAAAACGUCAAAGUGUCACUCAAAGUCAUCCAAAAUUGAUUUAUUCAGUUGAUGAUGAUAUCAAUGAACAAGAAGGAGACGAUAAUACUGAAAAUGAACCAACCGAAGCUAAUAGUAAAAAAACGGAUCGAGAGUAUCUUGAAGGAUAUAACGAUGCUUUAAAAGCUUUAUAUCAAAGAAGAAGUAGUAAAAGUCCAAUGAGGCAUUAUCAGGAUGGACAAGAUGUUCCUAGUAUUGAAUCAACAAUUGCAAAAGAGUUAUCAGAUGCUGAAUUACAUUUGAGAAUGUUGAAGAAAAACGAUAAAAAAAAACAAGUUAAUGAUGAAGAUGAAACGGAGGAGCAAAACAAUGAAAACAACGAAGAGGAAGAAGAAGAAGGUGAUGAGAAUGACGAUUCUGCUGAUAAUGGUUCAAUUAGUUCUACUUCAUCAAUGGAAUCAUUGAAUUUGAAAGAAAGACAAAAUGCAAUUAAUUCGACUCAUCCAUUCGGUAUAAAAAUUUGGAAACCAUCAUUAUAUAAAAAGGCAAGAUCCGUUGCAACAAGAGCUGACGAAGAUAUUCAUGAUUUUGAUCCAAGACGUCCAACUUCAUCAAGAAUUUUUUGGGGUGUUAAAUUAACUAAUCUUAUAUGGAGUUUAACAGCUGGAUUGUUAAUAUUCAUAGCUUGCUUGAUUGGAGCAGGAUUUGUAUUUUUAUUUUCAGGAUUUGCUAUUAAAAAAAGACUGAGAGCUUAUGUAAAAGCAUUUUUAAAAUUAGGUCAAUACUGGUUAUGGCCGUUUGGAAAAUUUGUUUUAUUAAAUAAAGAUAAAAAUUAUUUAGAUGAAGAUCAAUUAGAAGGUAGAACAUUAAAUGAAUUUCAUCAAUGGAGAGCUCAAGAAGAAGGUAGAUUGUUUUUUGCACCUCCAAGACGUUAUACUGCCUCUGCUGAAGAAUCAACUCCAUUAAUGAAAGAUCAUAGAGGAAGACCUUUAAGAGAUGCUUAUAAUACAUUAGAUGAUGGCCAAACUCCUGAAACAAUUCCAGAAACUGACGAUGGUACUGAAGCCAAUGAUAUUAAAGUAAGAUUUUUUGGAAGAGGUGAUUGGAGUGCUGGUAGAAUUGCAUUUUAUUUUUAUUUUUAUGUGAUUGUACAACCAUUAUCAUAUUUUAUUGGUUUAUUAUGUUGGCUUUUGGUUUUUACAAUCCCAAUUGCUAAUCUUACGGCAACUCUUAAUGAUCAUUUAAGGCGUCAUCCUUUAGCAUUAGAUUUUGAAGGGGAAAAAGAAUAUUAUGAAAGAAGACAAAAAAAUCCAGCUUUGAAAAGAAAAAAACAAAUGAUUUUAUUAUGUACUUAUAGAUGUUGUGGAUGGCAUUAUUAUAAAUAUACUAUAGAUGGUACAAAUAUCUUUUUUAUAAAUUUAAUAUCAGUUGUUUUAUUUGUUAUUGUUGAUUAUUAUUUCCUCAAAGAAACAUUGGAAUGGAAUAUUUUUCUUACAAAUCCAACUGUAAUUUUUUGUUUAUGUUUGUUUUCAAUUAUUCCAUUAGCUUAUUUUAUUGGUCAAGCAGUUGCAUCUAUUUCAGCUCAAUCAUCUAUGGGAGUAGGUGCUGUUAUUAAUGCAUUUUUUUCAACAAUUGUGGAGAUUUUCUUAUAUUGUGUUGCAUUAAAUCAAGCUAAAGGAAAAUUAGUUGAAGGUUCAAUGAUUGGUUCAAUCUUAGGUGGUGUGUUAUUGUUACCUGGUUUAUCAAUGUGUGGUGGAGCUUUUAAACGAAAAACUCAACGUUAUAAUCCAAGAUCUGCUGGUGUUUCUUCAACCAUGUUAUUAUUUGCAAUGGUUAUUAUGUUUGCACCUUCAUUAUUUUAUCAAAUUUAUGGUGCUUAUGAAAUUAAAUGUAAUAAUUGUGAAUUUAAUCCUGGAUUAGAUGAUUGUACUAAAUGUCGUUUUAUUCAACCUUCAUUUACUUUGGAUCCAUUAUACUAUACUGUUAUUAAACCUUUUUCAUUUAUUGUUGCACUUGCUUUAUUUGCUGCUUAUGUUUGUGGAUUAUGGUUUACAUUAAGAACUCAUGCAUCAUUAAUUUGGGCUACAAAUUCUCAUGAAGUUAAAAGAGAAGAAUAUUUUAGAUCUCCCAGUGUUACCAGUGUUAAUACACCGGUUCAAUCCAAAAAACCGGCCGGAACACAACUUGAUCGUCUUGAGAGAUUAAAUACACCAUCUGAUACAGAAUUUAGAAAAGAACAUAAAGAAGAUGAACAUGAAGGAGGAGGACAUGAUGCACCAAAUUGGUCAAGAAAUAAAUCAACUGUAAUAUUAUUAGGAGCAACAGUAUUAUAUGCAAUAAUUGCUGAAAUUUUAGUUGAUAAUGUUGAUGCAAUUUUAGCUGAUUUUCCAAUUGAUCCAAAAUUUUUAGGUUUAACAAUUUUUGCGUUAGUUCCAAAUACAACAGAAUUUUUAAAUGCUAUAUCAUUUGCAAUUAGUGGAAAUGUUGCACUUUCAAUGGAGAUUGGUAGUGCAUAUGCUUUACAAGUUGUUCUUAUUCAAAUUCCAAGUCUUGUUGUUUAUUCAAUGAUUAAAAAUUUUAUAAAUGUUGAACAAAUUUUUUCAUUAGUAUUUCCAAGAUGGGAUAUAAUAGCUACUUUAAUUUCAAUUUAUCUUUUUACAUAUAUUUAUGCAGAAGGUAAAUCAAAUUAUUUUAAAGGAGUUAUAUUAAUAUUAAUUUAUUUUGUUGUAUUAAUUGGAUUUUGGUUUAAUAAUAUCAUAGAGAAUUUAGACGAUGGGUAUAGUAAUUAA